AAUUCGCACCUGCAUUUUAGCUAGAAAGCAUGCAAACAUGUUUCUGCUCCAUAAUUUUAGCGAUGGCGACAACACAGCAGCUAGCCUAGAGCUGCAAGGGGCACACCUCAGAGUGGUGUUUUCCUAUAUGGCUCACGACCAAUGUGACCCUCCCAGCGACCUCGUCAACAAAAUAACCAGCGACAGCGAGAGGUCAAACACAGGCCUACUGAUACGUUGCGAUGCCAACGCCCACCAUACCCAAUGGGGAAGUUUGGACAUAAAUGUAAGGGAAAACCCUGAAGAUCUUGGCGUCCUCACACCAGGACAUUUUCUAAUUGGUCGUCCGCUGAUGGAGUUUUCCAAGCCAGACGUAACGGGUCUACACAUCAAUAGAUUGGAUUGCUGGCAACGAAUCAAUUGUGCCCAGUAAAUCUUUUGGAAGCGUUGGAGUGAGGAGAACUUGACUCUGCUCCAACAACGUGCCAAAUGGCGCACAUCGCAGCCUUCGAUUCAAGUCAACGACGUCGUCUGCAUCAAGGAUAAGAACCUGCCGCCGUUGAAGUGGCCUUUGGCCAGGGUGAUCGAGGUCAUAGCUGGAGGCGAUGGGACUGUGCGAGUUGAAGUCCUGCGGACACCAUCCGGAACCACUCGUCGAGCUGUCAACAAGAUGUGCCUCCUACCCGUUGAGGAUCCUGUUAAAAGCCCUGGUCUUUCAACGGGGGUGUAUGUUCGGAGCAGCAGCAAAUAUAUAAUUGUAAAGAUCCGCUCGCCUUGUUUACAUUUGUACUCUUUUAUAUUAUUUAGCUAUUGUCCCGCUCAUCGCUCCCUCUCACAGUGCAUAGAAGCGCACGCAUAUGUAUGCACGCUUCGUACUGUUUAUUUUGCAGUGCUUUGACCUUUUCUUCGCAGUCUAAAAUAUUGUCGAUCGCUGCGCAUCUCCGAGCAGUCCAAUUAAUUCUUUGUUUUCUAUGUCCAACGCAAACCCGUUACUUUAAUCGAGCUCUUAAUCAUUGUACAUUGUAACACACCGAAUCGUAGUUCACGGCCACACCCCU